AUGCCGAUCGCCCAACAGACGAGCUUAGGAUGGAUCCUGUCCGGGGGCUACGAUGCAGCAGCAACCGAAGGACAUCGCAGCACGUUCCAGUGCACCGCAGACCACGACCUCGCUGACAUGGUUCGACGCUUCUGGGAGCAGGAACGCGAGCCAGUGGCUGGGACACCGCUUACCGCCGAUGAAGCCAGAUGCGAGGACAUCUACGUGCGCACGGUCACACGCACGUCCAGUGGAAGAUACAUGGUGAGGCUGCCAUUUACUUCACCGCCGCCGACAUCGCUCAGCGAGACUCGUCGACCUGCUGAACGCCUACUGGAUGCCAUGGAGCGGAAAGGAGCACGAGAUCGUCGUUUCGGUGACCUCUAUCUAGACUUCAUGGAGGAAUACGAGAACCUACAACAUAUGGAGAAGCGCACACGGUCCGGAGAGUCGCUGAACGCACACCUCCUCACUGGAGCCAAUCUCUUGCCAGCACUCGCUGACGUCCUACUUCGUUGGCGUUGGCAUCGGUACGUGCUCGUCACGGACAUCGAGAAAAUGUACCGACAAAUCCUCGUGCAUCCGGAGGACUGUCGCCUGCAAACUAUCCUGUGGCGCCACAACAGCUCUGACGACGUCCACGAGUACGAGCUGAGGACCGUGACCUAUGGGCUAGCGUGUGCACCCUUCCUCGCCAUCAGGACUCUUCAUCAACUCGCAGCAGACGAAGAGGCACGAUAUCCACGCGGAGUCAAGGCACUGCGACACGACUGCUACGUCGACGACGUGGUCACCGGCGCCGAUAGCUUGGAAGAUGCUAUCGACCUUCAGCAGGAACUACGGAGUCUUUGCACGGCGGGCGGAUUUCCUUUGAGAAAGUGGGCCGCCAACGAUCCUCAGGUGCUUACAGGAAUUCCACCAGAACAUCAGCUGCAACGUGGGCCGCACUCAUGGGAAGAAGAGAGUCACGCUACCCUGGGCCUCCGAUGGCAUCCUCAAGGCGAUUGGUUCUCCUUCUCAAUUCGUCCACGUCCAGUCACUGAUCUCACAAAGCGACGAGUUCUAGCCGAAACGGCUCGGCUCUUUGAUCCGAUGGGUUGGCUCGCGCCUGUCGUCAUCAGAGCCAAAAUUCUGAUCCAGACGACGUGGCUUCAACGGCUGGAUUGGGACUCUCCGCUGCCUGAUCAGGACGCACACCGCUGGAGGCAGUUGUUGGAUCAGCUUCCUCUAUUGGAUAACAUCCGUGUAACUCGCUGGCUCAACACCGGAGACGACCAUUCGCAACUGCAGCUCCAUGGGUUUGCCGACGCUUCAGAGCGAGGAUACGCCGCCGUGGUGUACAUCCGCAACGCUGCAACAGAAAAAACGUCAAUCAACCUAUUGAUGGCAAAAUCGAAGGUCGCGCCUGUCAAGCAGGUGUCGUUACCUCGCUUGGAACUCUGUGCAGCAGCUCUACUUACCACGCUCAUGCUCCACGUGCGCGCUACUCUCGGUUGA